AGAACAGCCCGGGAAGAAGAGUGGUUGUUACAGCGUUGUCCGAGGUCUGGGCCCGAACCUGGAAAAUGCAGCUGGCAACCCAGGAAAGGUCUUCCUCAAAAAAGAGGAUGGGGCUGAAUCGCUGGACACAGCUCACAAGAAAGCCGAAUCCCAAGUCUGCUUUUGAUCCUGACAAUGUAGAACCCUGGAUUAAGAGAGUGGAGAAAGCCUCAGAAUUUGCAGUUUGGAGUGCAUUUCCUGCCAGAAAUUCAGACCCACCUGGAAGGUUCUGGGGCCAAAUCAUAGACUUGGAAACCUCUGAGCAAAUAGAGGAUCAUGAUGAAAUCUAUGCAGAAGCUCAGGAGCUGGUCAAUGACUGGUUAGACACCAAACUUAAACAAGAAUUAGCAAGUGAUGAAGAAGGUGAUGCUGAAAACGGUGUGUCGAAUGCCACUCUUAUGCAAGAUGCCAGUGGCUGUUUGAAAUAUGACAAGUUUGAUGAUUUAUGUGCCUAUUUGGAGGAAGAAGAGGAAAGUACCACAGUUCAAAAAUUUAUGGACCAUCUGCUCCAUAAAGAUGUGGUGGAUUCUGGGAUGUUGGAAGAUCUUGGAAGGAAGGAAAACCAAGACAAGAAGCAGCAGAAGGAUCCUCGUCUUACCAUGGAGAUGAGACAUAAGCAGGUAAAAGAAAAUCGCUUAAGACGUGAAAAAGAACUGGAGUGCCAAAGAAUUGAGAAGGCCCUGAAAAAAGCCACCUUCUUGGAGGCUCAAUGUCUGGUGCAAGAAGAGAAGAAAAGGAAGGCUCUGGAGGCCAAGAAAGAAAAAGAGGAGAUUCAAAGGGAGAUGGUAAAGCUGCGGAGGGAGAUAAUUGAGAGGAGGCGCACAGUGGAAGAAGCAUGGAAAAUAGAGAAGAAAAAGCAAGAAGAAAUUUCUCAAAAGGAUCUAGAAAAAGGCAUGUUUCAAAAUGCUCACAUUCUCCUGGAUGAGGAAAAAAUGGCAAAAGAAAGAAAAAGGAAACUGAAAGAGUUAUUAAUCCAAACUUUCAAGGACAAUCAACAGUGUCAAAAACGCUAUUUCUCUGCCUGGCACAAGCUGAUUCUUGAUCACAGGAUUAAGCUGGGAAAAGCUGGGACCCUGUGUGACUGGAAGAUUCAACUGAAGGUUCUGCGGGCCUGGAGGGACUACACCAGAUCCCAGAAGUUGAAGCAGGAGACUAAAGCCUUGGAAAAUGACCUUAGAGAAAAAAACAGAAAACAACAACUGGCCAUUGAGCACAACCGCAAACAAGUUCUCCAGCACUGCUUUACAGAAUGGCGGCAUUGGCAUGGUGCAGAGCUGCUACAGAGAGAGCUGGCUCAAGCAAAGGAGGAAACUAGAAAGAAAAUGGAUGAGCUGCUGAAGGCAGCAUCACUAGGGAAACUCAGUGCAAACGGGUCAUCAGGCAUCAGUCUACCUGAGGAGGCAACAGCCGUGGUGGCUCCACUGGUAACUGCUGUGCCCCCUUUGUGGGAGAAGCCUCCCUUGGAGAGGGAUAGUUGUAAGUCCAGCCCUCCCCAAGGAACAACAACAAAGUGCAACUUGCAGGGUCCCCUUCAGGAUGUCCCGCUGCACACACCUGACAAUACACAGCACCAGACGCUGGAUGCUGAGCCUGCCCAACAGCCUGACAACAGCAAGAAGCUCAGAACCACAUGCCAGAAAGCAGAACCAAUCUGCAUGGGUCAUUUCCACAACCGCCAUGUCCUCCAGCAACAGCUGAUUGAGAAGCAAAAGAAGAAACUUCAGGAACAGCAGAAAACAAUUCUUGAGCUGAAGGAAAAUCAGCGGCUGGCAGAGGCUCGGUGGGCAGCGGAGCGUGUUACAGCAGUCACGGACAUACACAGACGCCCGUUGUCAAAUCCAACAGGAGAAGAAGAUGCAAAGGGAGUCUGCCAGAUGCUUCUCAACUCACCUGUUGCUUCCUCUGGGACUGAAGGCAGUAGAAGUGACUCCUGCAAUUCUCUUUCUGGACACAGAAGGAACCCAAAGCAGCUGAUGACAGCCCAUCCCAUAGUGAAAGCUAUGGAAGAGAGAGCAAUUCAACGAGCUGAACGUAGGCGAAUCUUGGCAGAAAGGAAGAAAAAACAAGAAGAAGAGAAAUUGGCCCAGUUGAAGGCCCAAGAGGAGGAGCGUCAGAAAAGGGAGGCAGAAGAAAAGGGGGCAGAACUUGAGAGAAAACGAGAAGAAAAGAAACUGAAGAAAAUGAAAGAACUAGAGAAGCAGAUGAGAAUUAAGAGGAACCAGCAGCUGGAGGCAGUAGCCAAAGAACACUAUAAUAAGGUCUUGCUAAGAAAAAAAGGUCUAGAGCCUUGGAAGAGAUUGAGAAUGCAGAGCAAGGAAAAUACGCAGCUGGCAGAAGAACAUCACUUUAUGGCCUUACAGAGGAAAUGCCUGUUGACCUGGUUCCAGUGUAGUCAGGAAAGUCUGGCUAGGAAGAUGACCCGGGCUGAACAGUUUUAUUUCCAAAUAUUGCUUAGGAGAGUCAUUCAGAGCUGGCUACAGCACAUGACUGAUCUGAAGGAAGAAGUAAGAAAACUCUGUGUGCAUUUUCUUCAGAAGAAGAUUUUCAGGGCCUGGUUUAACAUGGUCAGGGAAGCACAGAUGGAUUAUCAGAGCAAACACAAGACUGCAGCAGAGCACAGUGACAGUCUAUUUGUGAACCUGCCACCAGGAGCUUACUUUGGCGGCACUGUACAAUCAACUUGGAGGAUUCUCUGGAUCACAUUUCAGAUGUGGAAGAAGUUUCCAAAACUCAUGAAAGAGGAAAGAAUAAAAGAAGAACGGCGACAGCAACUCCGUAGGAGGGUGGCCGAGAUUCUCCCGGACUUCCAGGUGCUGACACCUGCAAGUGACUACUAGUUAUGUAUCAGUGUUCAGAUCAUUGGCCCUUGAAGAAGAUAAGUCUUUGGCAAUGAUGAGGCUGGGGAUCUGUUGGUCCGUAAUUUGUGUGUGCUGUCUCCAGCCCCCAUACAUACACACACCUGGUUUAUUUUCUGUGAAAUAGUUCUUGGAUCAAAUGAAUUACUUGGGGAAUUUUUAUUUCCUUCUUUGAUUUUUUUUCCUGAGUUGCUAAUUAUUUAUCACAGUGGGAUCAUCCAAAGGAAGUGUAGAGCUCUCCUGUUCUAAUGUAUCCUAUAUAUUUUUAGCAUAGUAAUCUUAAAAAAGAACAAGUGUUUGCCUGCCUGAGCCUGUGAAGAAAAAGCUGUCCUUAUAGCUUAACAUGAGUUGUUAACAAAUGUAACUUUAAUUAAAUAGAAAUAAAAAGUAGUGACUACUUAGCAAAGGAGGCACAAGUGGUCCAAGUGGUCCGUCUUCUGGAGCCUCCGCCUCAGUGACAGGCUCCACCAGACCCUGACUUUUGUGACCACCCUGCUGGCAACCAUGAUCAUGGGUACUCCACACAGAGGGCAGUAGCUUUUCCUGAUUUCGGAGAAAACUGGGGCACCAAAGGUACUUCUCUUUAGUGCACCUUGCUAAGCAUGAAAGAAAUUCCAAAGCUAAUACUAUCAAACAACCUUGCAAGUCAUUCAACUAUCUGUUCACACUCCCCAUUGCAACUGCUAAAUAAUACAAUCAAAUUGUCUUCUAGUCCUCUGUUCAGUUUGAUCUAGAUAUUGAGAUAACCUAUCUUGAAUUUAAAGAAUGUUUUAAUUGUUAAAGUGCUAAAAGACUGAUAAAAUGUUCUCUAUGAAUUGUCUUAGAGAAGAACUGUUUGCUUGAAAAAAAUGUUUCAUUACAAAUUACAUGUUUAUUAUAAGAAAUUCAUGUAGUCCGUAAAUG